CAGAUCGUACCAGACGACAAUUCUUGUCUGUUCUCGUCUAUCGCGGUCGUGUUCGAGCAGGAUAUAUCCAAGGCAUCUACAAUUCGGAAGAUCGUGGCGGAUGCGAUUCGCAACGAUCCGGAUACGUGGAGUGACGCUAUUCUUGGUCGUCCGCGCGCAGACUACAUCUCCGCCAUCCUCUCCCCCAACACCUGGGGCGGUGCAAUCGAGCUCACCAUCCUCGCGACGCACUACGCGACUGAGAUUGCCUCCGUCGAUGUCGAGACCGGGCGCGUCGACCGUUUCACCCCGCUUGCAGGUGCGGGCAACCGCGUGCUCCUGAUCUACUCUGGCAUCCACUACGAUGCGGCGCUGCUCGCGCCGGAGCUCGGCGUACCAGAGGAGUGGUGCGCUAGUAUUGUGCCCGUCGGCAGCGACGCGGCGGACCCGAACCUGAGCGCGCUCAAGGCGCUCGCGGGGAAGCUGAGGGUGAAGCGGCAGUACACGAACACGACGACGUUCGACCUGAAGUGCGAGGUGUGCGGGAAAGGCUUGAAAGGCGAGAAGGAGGCGCGUGCACACGCGAGCGAGACGGGGCACAUCAAGUUUGGAGAGUACUGA